AUGGUUAUUUACAGUAUCAAAGACUUGAUGGGUCUCUGUACGGAUUAUGCACUUGAUGCACAAAUCCAAAAGAUCCUUUUUUCAUUCGAUUUAUGGAUUCCAAAAGCAGCUCGGGAAGUACAUAUUGAUAAUGUGGCACAGCAGCGACAUGCCACAGCUGCUUUCACUGGGUUUUGUCGAGCUCGAUCCCCAACAGGAAAUGACAGCACAAAUAAUAGUAAUAAUAUCACUAAUCGAUUACGUCGUCCAUUUGCAUUACGAUCCAUGUCGGCAGAAGUUUUUCCUCUCUAUGAAAAUGAUGCAAUGGCAACAAAUGUUAGUAAAACGAAUAGUAACAGUGAUCGUAUUACAUUACGUAAGAGUGUGAGUGUUAUGAAUAAAAAACAAAGGACUGGCAGUGGUCGUUCAUUAAUACGUGCUAAAUCAGAUAUGGCUGGUACUUUAACACAAAUCGUUCGAAAUUCGGAGCGUUACUUUAGUGAUGACCCAAAAACAAUUGCUGACAUUGAAGAACUCGCGCUCAAAUAUCUAUUCAAGCAAAAUGUCGGAUUCAUACGCGAAUUAUCUUACAAAAUAUCCGUUAAAAAAACAACACCAAAUAAAUAUCGAAAAUGUUCUCGACGUUGUUUUGAUGGGCAAUUACGGACAUGGCGUCGUCGUUUACAUCAAUUCGAUGAAGAAAGUAAACAAGAUACAACAGAUCCCAGUGAAAUCGAUGAUCUAAUUAUAUAA